AUACCUGAAACCAUACUGUUAAAGUUAAUAGAGACAAUUUAGUCCUUGUGGAUUUUGUGAUCCAUCCUGACAAAACAAAUCAAAUUUCCCUUCUAUUGAAUGUUUUACAAUGUCAGGCUUUCUCAUUCUCCUGGCUCCCUAAAUGCAUCCAACUGAGGAAAAUGGAUUGAGUGAUUACUGAUAUUCAGUUGGCUGUAGUACCUUUGUACCGUGAGCUUGACAAAAAAACACCAGGAUUGAAGUGAUCAGAGCAAGUGAAUACACUAGGUCAAUCCUGGUGGGAUCCAGAUGCAUUAAUGUUUUGUUCUGAUGUUUUGAGACUAUUCAUUCAUUACCCUAAGUGUGGCUAGAUCUCCCAACAAUUCAUGUGGUGCUAGUAGUUUCACUCAUUAUUUCUCGGUGUAGUAUAAAGGAAGUGAGAGACAUAAUGAGCCAUAUCCAUGGACAGUUUGUGUCAUAAGGACAAUGAAAAUGAGUGUUCAGCUGCUCUGCUGUUCACCUUUCUCAAAUACUAUUUCCAUGAAUUUAUUUAUUGCUUCAUGUACCUGCCAUGUCUUAGGGCCUUGGUUUUUCUCUGGUUGAAUUACCCAACUAGCUUGGAUUUCAAAUCUUGAGGCUUAGUUCCACUGCCCUUUCUGUACCCAAUAGAAAACAAUGCAACUUGGGUACACUUGGAAAUUCUGAAUGUUUCAUCCAUCAGGUACAUCUAAUCCAUUGAUUGAAUGUUUUGAAAGAAUCUUUUGAUUUUUUGAAUGGAGUAGAAAGAGGUUGGUGUAAUUAUGUGGCUGGAGGUGGAAUGUGCAAAGCAGGAGAAGCGGCACGAGCUGGUUCUCUCAGGGAAGGAGGUAUCUGCACGCAUAGAUGAACUUGAGGGUGCACUUGACCCACAUGUGUACACACUGACCCAGGUUAAUUUCCUUGAGGUCAGCCGUACAAGUCUCUGCAUCCUCUCUGAUUCCAUUGCCCAAUUGACCAAUCUGGUCCAACUGGUCGUCCAUACUAAUCACCUUGUUGCUCUUCCAUCCUCCCUUGGACAUCUGACCAAACUUAAGCUCUUUGAUGCCAGCAACAACCUUCUUCAAUCUGAAGAGUUGAACUUGAAAGGGAACAAGAUGAAAGAUAAACGGCUAGGGAAACUGGUAUCUGGUGGAGGAUCCUCAAAGCAGAUUCUUGAUUAUGUGAGAUCCCACUGCCCCAGGGAAAAGGAGGAAUCCACAUCUGAUUCUAAAAAGUCAGCCAAGGGCAAGAAGGGGAAACAGGAGAACAAACACUCUCAAAGUCACAACUCUGAUUUGGAUGCUGUGAUGGAUUCACUGAAUCGGUUGGAGAUCUUGCACUCGGCUGAGAAAGAGUCUCUGGUGAUUGCCUUGACUCCUGAGGUCCUUGAUGUCCGACCCCAUAUCAUCUGCUGCAUCAUCCGCAAUCUUGACUUCUCUGGCACGAAACUCAAGCAGUUUCUUGCUUUACAGACAAGGCUACAUGAGACAUUGGGUGACCGACGUAAUGUGGCUACGAUUGCUACACAUGAUGUGGAGAAGAUCCCAUCCGAGGGUCCGCUGAGAUAUGAAGCACGGCCGCCAUCUGCCAUUGCAAUUGAGCCUCUGAAUCGACCUGGGCCUGGACCUGUCCCUGCUCGGGAACUCUUUCUUCAACUGCAGCGUGAGGCCGAUGCCCUUCGCAAGGAGAAGAAGCGCAACACAUAUUCAGGGAUCCAUCGGUACUUGCACCUGCUGGAGGGGAAGCCACUGUGGCCCUGCUUGGUCGACUGUCAUGACCGCGUCCUCUCUUUCCAUCCCAUCACCAACAGCCAUCUCACCAAGAUAUCCGAGGAAACGACGAACGUGCUUGUGGAAGUGACGAGCUCCUCGUCCCAACCGAUUUGCCGCAAGAUUGCUGACACUCUAAUUCUCGAAUCCCUCCUUAUGGGUUUGGGUAAGGUCGAGGAUCAAGGGUCGAAGCAGGUCCUCGUCGUCGAACAGGUCCGGGUCCUGAAUCCCGAUGGGAACCUCAAGUUUGUCUAUCCCUCUAAGGUCGACUGCUUGUAUGAACAUCCCGAUGUUCGUGUUCUCAGGAAAUACUGAUGCCUCCAGAUAAUUAUGUUCCAUUCCCCUGUAAUUGAUCCUAAUAUUGCAUUGGGGUUAAUAAACAUGGACGUGUUGGUUUUGA